UAAGUGUGAAGCGUCAAGUAAAUACAUUAAACAAAAUAAUAUGAUUAUAACGUAUUGUGACUUGUGACUAGUUGUGAGUUGUGACUUGUGUUUCAUGUCAUGCAAGUCGCUCUGACGCUCUCAAACUUUUCUAAAAAAUGUUUUGAUUUUACGUGACUAUUUUUGUUUGUUCCGGAACAAGAAACUGUUGAUCAGUCGAGUGUUUGAAGCUACCAUUCCUCUAUAAUUUGUAGUUACUAGUUUUUUGAGUUCCUGAAACCGGACAAAAUGGUUAACUUCGACGAACGUAAUAACGAUGCCAGUGAUUCAGAGUCUGUAUCCAGUUCAUCAUCAGCAAACAGUAGUAACCAAUCAUCGAAAUCUGCUUCUCCGGCUCGAGCUAAUUCUCCGUCGGGAUCAGAACCAGCUUCACCAGCUUCUCCAGUAUCUCCUAUAUCACCAGUUUCUCCUGCAUCACCUGCUUCUGCUGCAUCAAGAUCUCGUUCUAGGAGUGUAUCUGGUUCAGGGCGAUCAGCAUCUCCAUCUAAAAGCCCUUCUAAAUCCCCAGCUGGAUCUCGUUCCCCAUCACCAGGUAGUAGGGCUUCUAGUGCGGCAUCAGCUGCAUCUGCAGCAUCAGGCCGUUCAGCUACUCCUGCUGGCUCAGUAACAUCUAAUCAGUCAGUGGCAAGUGCCAAAAGUGACUCAUCUCGUGCAAGCCGUUCUACCAACCGUAGUAGAGCUUCAUCUAAAAGUAACAAAUCAAAAUCAAGUUCUGCGAGUCCAAAGAGUGUUGCAUCGAAAAAAUCACACUCUUCAUCCCCAGAAAUAAAAAAAAGUCAGCAAGGUGAUUCUGAUGAUAGUGAUGGUUCUAUGAUUGGUAGGAAAAAACGACAACCAAUGAGAAAAAAUUCUAGCGUAUCUGGCAAUGAAUCAUCUGAUAAAGAAGAAACAACAAAAAAAAGUGGCUCAGAAGCUUCAGAAAAAUCCCCUAAAAAAAAUGACCUAUUCGGUGAAGCUGAUGAUAUUAGUUCUGAUGACGACCAACCCAAGACACCCAGACCAAUGAGUGAUGAUGACAUCGAUCGGGAUAAAAGUGAUAAAAGUGAUAAUGAUGACAAUAAAAGUGACCGCGGUGGAGAUGAUGAUGGUGAUAAUGAUAAUGAUAAGACAGAAGAAAAAGAAAAAGAAGUUGAAGAACCAAUUCCAGAAAGACGGAUAGCUGUUGAGAUACCAAAAAUAUCUGUAGACCUUGGAAGUGAUUUACAUUUUGUAAAAUUACCCAACUUUUUAUCUGUUGAAACUAGACCAUAUGAUAGAGAAACAUAUGAAGAUGAAAUUGAUGAAGAAGAAACUUUAGACGAAGAAGGUCGAGCAAGAGUAAAAUUGAAGGUAGAGAAUACUAUAAGAUGGCGUGAAGUUUUUGACAACGAUGGAAAUGUAGUAAAAGAAAGCAAUACUAGAGUAAUUAAAUGGUCUGAUGGUAGUAUGUCAUUGCAUUUGGGUUCAGAAAUUUUUGACGUUUACAAACAGCCUUUGGUGGGUGACCAUAAUCAUUUAUUUAUUCGCCAAGGAACUGGUUUACAAGGUCAAGCAGUAUUUCGUACAAAAUUGUCAUUCAGACCUCACUCAACAGAAUCAUUCACCCAUCGUAAAAUUACUUUGUCUUUGGCUGAUAGAUCACAAAAAUCUUCUGGCAUUAAAGUAUUGUCUCAAGUUGGAGCUGAUCCUGAUGCUAAUAGAUACGAAAAAAUUAAAAGAGAAGAAGAAAAGUUACGUCAAUCAAUGCGUAAAGAAACAAAAGUAAAAAGAGCUAGAGAACGUGGAGCAAAUAGUAAUCUCAGUUCCUCAUAUUUAGAACCUGAAAGGGAAGAUGGAUCUGAUGAUGAAAAUGCCAUAUCCCUGUCUGCUAUCAAAAACAAAUUCAACAAAAAAUCUGUUUCUAAAAUUGACAAAAGUAAUAUAUAUUCGUCUGAAGACGACAGUUCAGACAUGGAUACCAAAAAGAAAAGACAAUCCAAAAUAGUGUCGGAUUCUGAAGAAGACGAUGAUUUAUAAUUUUUAUAAAAUAAUUUAUUUUCUUUUAUUUUUUGACUGUUAAACAUACUGAUUGAUAUGUGUAAACAAUAAAUAUAAUGUAUAAAGUUA